GCUGGCUGACGCAUAUCUAUCUAUCGUGGCAGCACUACGCACCUCACCUCCCUAUGUCUCGAGCACAUGCACACACGCACCGGGACACCAGCGCCACCACAGCACUGCACCUCAUGCAGGGGGCGACCCACUGAGCUCUCUGGGUCCACCCCGUGCCAUCAUGCCGGUGCGUGCCAUGGUGCCCUGAGCCAGCUGCCCCACUGAGUGCGACAGCUGGGAGAAGAAGCCCGGCCCUCUUGGUGAAGCCAGGGCGGCCCCUUCCUGUGACAGCUGGCCCUUUCUGUCGACCAGCUCCUUGAGGUCGUCGAUGGAGAUCUCGCCGUCGCCCGUCUUGUCGAAGUGCUGGAAUGUCUUGUGGAUCUUGUCCAGGUCGUCCUUGUCCACCUAACACACAGACACAAACGUGUGUGCCCUCCGUCUGUCAGCCGGUCAAGCCACCCCCCACCAGUCUGGUCUUUUCGAGCAUGUAGAUGAGGAACUCGGCUCCCGAUAUGGCCCCGCUGCCGUCCUUAUCUAUCGCUAUCAACCUGUCCACACACACAUGCGCGGGGCUAUAUGUAUCCUCGCCUGAUGGAUGGAUGGAUGGCCUGCCUGACUACCUACCUACCUUUCAAGUGUGAGUGCCUUGGCGUAGAAGCGCUCCCUCUCUGCCCGCAGCCGGCUGUCCACAAUCUGCUUCGUCACCUGCACCCAUCCAUAUCAACACACGAGACACUACAGAUUCGUUCUGAAUCGGGACCCUUGUGUGUGCGCACAACGUGCCUGUCCGAUGACAUUUGACGUCAUGAUGACGCCGAUGAAAACGUACAGGGUGCACACCAUCUUGAUGUACUCACCAGACGGCGUCAGAUCUGCAUGAAAGGGCGCGGCGCCCGUGGGUAGGUGGUAUGCGCCGGGCAACAUAGGAUGUGUGUGCUGACCUCCGUAUCCCACAGAAGUGAUGGUGACGGUGCAGAAGUAGAGGCCCUCGAGGAACGUCCAGCCCUCAAAGUAGCUGAAAAAGAACUGCAAUCAAGGCAGAGAGGGAACAAAGCAACCACGGCUGGAUGGAUGGCUUCGGGCCACAUGGUGUGGCGUGUUGGUCGUGUCUGUCUGUACCGCUCCACUGAGGAGGAAGAGCACUAUCUUGGUGAGAGAGACGGUGAUCUUGAAGUACUGCCGCGUCUCAUUAUCCUGACGUCCCGUUAUCGACAACACAGAACAAACAUUCAGUGCAGAGCUUUGUCCCUCUCCUCGCUCGCCUCUCCCGGCCGACCAUUAUAGCGGCGGCGGCGGCGCCCAGCAGCUCCUCCUCUCUGUCCUCCAUUGCCUUGGCCGUCACGUGCCCCACAGCGAAUGAGAUCAGCCCCAUGCUCAUCCAGAUGUAUGCGACGGUGAAGCCUUGCAUGGCCGCUGAGGUCGGCAGCAGGUCCCCGUAGCCAACAGUAGUCACUGGAGGGGAGGGAGGCAGCAACCAACACAACCAGCAGACACGCAGACACGUAAGCUGCGUGUAUGCAGCCAGCAAGACACAGCUUACUUGUCACCUGACAAACAUAAGAAAGGAAAGAGCCGGUGGUUGUGUUUGUGUUUGCGUGUGCUUACUGCACAGAAAUAGAGGGCGUCAACGAUACUCCAGCCCUCCACAAUGCGAUACACAAUGGCACUGCACACACGCACGGACACGCACAGGUGCGCAAACUGACAGACAGGGGCAUUCAUUGCAUUCCGUCCUCUCCUUCUCUCCCUUUAGCCUUUUCCUCACCCACCCACCCAAUGAGGUAGUGUGCGAAGAAGAGGACGGUCAUCCACCCGAUAAACGACGCUGACUCGGUAUCGGACUGCGCACACACGGACGGGAGAACAAACACCGCACACAAAGAUAGAAGAGAGAGUGAUGGAUGCACCAUUGCCAUAUUCUUCCAGCAGUUUUUCAUUGCAGACGUGCCUCAAAUUCCUCCACAUGGCCCCUGCCGCCGCCCGAGGUUGGUUGCGCCACAGGAGCGGCCGGCUGGCCCUCCUCCAGCCGGCCAUCCUCUACUCUGUUGGUGGUGCCGGCCUCGUUGUGAUGUGGCCUUGGGUGUGAUGGUGGCGGGACGCUGCCGUAGCCGCCUGGGCCUGUGGUGGACGCUCCUUGGGAGUAUAGAUCUCUUCUGCAUGACCUCAAUUCUGAGUUUACAAUUGCCUGCGACGCCCGUCCAUUCCGCGGUCAAAAACUCGCACAGACUAGCUAGCUGACUGAGAUCAAUCAUGGCAGACGCACACGUACACACAUCCACACAUCCACAUAUGUAUAUGGACGUCCAUGGAUCGCCAUGGAUAUUGAUUCCUGCCAGCCCACCUAAAGAGGGAGAGAGGGCACGGCAGGCACAUAAGAGACAGACACGCCACAUUCCACCGAGCGCCUCGACAAAACACGAAUUACGUCUCUCUCUCUCUGUCUUCCAUCCAUCCAUCCAUCGUGAUACGACACGUCAUCACACACUCCACUCAGUAGCCAGCUGGCUAUAUCUGUGAGUGGAGAGAGUGGAUGGGACAAUCGCAAUCGCAUGCACAGUGUGUGUCUGUCGGGAUGCGAUGCCUCGUGUGUGUCUCAUUCGCUGGCCGCAUCGCCUGCCUGGCCUGCCUGCACUGCACAGGCCCUCUG